GGAAUCCGCUGCUUCCCAUUCCAGGCGCAGGGGCACAACAUGGCGGAUUAGGAGGCGAGCGACGCGCCCGGAUACAACGAACAAAUCGUGGGAUACCGAUUCCCCGUGUCGCGGAGAAGCCAGGAAUAUAGGCUUUUCGGAAAGCUAACGCACGCCUUUAAGACUUCCCGAGACAUGCAUUUUGGAUACCAGUAAGCUCCUUCGUUGCUUUGCCCCACUCCAAAUUGGCUGGCUGUCCGAGAUCAUUCCUAUCACCCAGGCCCCCCACCCCGAACACACUCUCGGUUCCUGGGGUGUGGAGACAGGGGCCGGGGAAGUGGAAAACAAUCGCACUUUAUCUGGAACAUCAGACUCCGUAGUGUGGGACAGGGCUGUCAAGGAGAUCAUUGUGCGAAUGAGUGAGUGAUGCAGGUUUCGUUUCUCCAGGGCAGUAUGGGUGUGUAUCCCCUGCUCCUGCUACUCCACGUGGCCUUUGUGGCCCUCAGCACGGCCGAGACACUCCCUGACCCUUCAGGUGCAGUCCUGACCACCAAACCUGCACACCCUCCUCCCGCACCAUCCUCUAUAGUCACCCAGGCACCCCCAUCAUUCACCCCAUCUACAACACCGUCCCCUGGACUUGUAGCAACAAGACUCAAUGACUCUGCGGUUGUGGUGACCCCAGAGGUUCCCAGAGCCGCUCCAACUGUGCUCCCUACCGAGGCACCGACCGUCCCCCCAACCCCGUCUGUCGCUUCCCCGUCUCUCACCACACACAAAACUGGAGAUGGCGUGACUGCAGUUCCGGCUACAGCAGAGCCCCCUGCACCUGACCCGACACCCACUCAGUCCACUGUAGAGCCUAAGACGGGCACUUCGUCUGUCCCUACAGAUACCACCGUAGCUGACAUCAGCAAGCCUCCAGAUGUCGGACAAGAUGACACUGCGGUCAUGGCAGUGUUGGUUGCCCUGUCCUCUCUGCUGGUCAUUGCCUUCAUCAUCAUUGUCCUGUAUAUGCUCAGGUUUAAGAAGUACAAGCAGGCAGGGAGCCACUCCAAUUCCUUCCGCCUGACCAAUGGCAGAGCUGACGACACAGAACUUCAGAGUGUGCCGCUAUUGGCUCGCUCUCCCAGUACCAACAGGAAGUACCCGCCUCUUCCUGUCGACAAACUGGAGGAGGAAAUGAACCGCAGAAUGGCCGAUGACAAUAAACUCUUCCGGGAAGAAUUCAACGCGUUGCCUGUAUGUCCCAUUCAGGCCUCAUGUGAUGCUGCCUCGAAGGAGGAGAAUAAGGAGAAGAACAGAUAUGUCAACAUCCUGCCCUAUGAUCAUUCUAGGGUGCAUUUGACUCCUUUGGAGGGGGUUCCCGACUCAGACUACAUCAACGCUUCCUACAUAAAUGGAUACCAGGAGAAAAACAAAUUUAUUGCCGCUCAAGGACCAAAAGAGGAAACGGUCAAUGACUUCUGGAGGAUGAUCUGGGAACAGAACACUGCCACCAUCGUCAUGGUAACCAAUCUCAAAGAGAGGAAAGAGUGUAAAUGCGCUCAGUACUGGCCCGAUCAAGGAUGCUGGACUUACGGAAAUAUCCGCGUGUCAGUGGAGGACACGAUGGUUCUGGUGGACUAUACCAUCCGCAAGUUCUGCAUUCAGCAGGUGGGUGAUGUAUCUGGUAAGAAGCCCCAGAGGCUGGUCACACAGUUUCACUUCACCAGCUGGCCUGAUUUCGGGGUUCCUUUCACUCCCAUUGGCAUGCUGAAGUUUCUUAAGAAGGUCAAGACCUGCAAUCCACAGUAUGCUGGACCCAUUGUGGUUCACUGCAGUGCGGGUGUCGGCAGGACAGGGACCUUCAUCGUGAUAGAUGCUAUGCUGGACAUGAUGGGGGCAGAGAGAAAGGUCGACGUCUUCGGAUUUGUCACACGGAUCAGAGCCCAGCGCUGUCAGAUGGUCCAGACCGAUAUGCAGUAUGUGUUUAUAUUCCAAGCUUUGCUAGAGCACUACCUGUACGGGGACACGGAGUUAGAAGUGACGUCUCUGGAGUCUCACCUGAAUAAGCUGUACGCUCCUUUACCUGGAGCCGGCUGUGGAGGCCUGGAGGCAGAAUUCAAGAAACUUACCUCCAUUAAAAUCCAGAAUGACAAGAUGAGAACAGGGAACCUGCCUGCCAACAUGAAGAAAAAUCGUGUUUUGCAAAUCAUUCCAUAUGAGUUUAACAGAGUGAUCAUUCCUGUAAAACGAGGGGAGGAGAACACAGACUACAUCAACGCCUCUUUUAUAGAUGGUUAUAGACAAAAGGACUCAUACAUGGCAUGUCAGGGGCCACUGCAGCACACCAUUGAGGACUUCUGGAGAAUGAUCUGGGAGUGGAGGAGCUGCUCUAUCGUUAUGCUGACCGAGCUGGAGGAGAGAGGACAGGAGAAGUGUGCUCAGUAUUGGCCUAGUGAUGGUGUGAUGGUUUGUGGGGACAUGUCCAUUGAGUUGAAGAGGGAGGAGGAAAAUGAAAGCUACACUGUUAGAGACCUUCUCGUCACCAAUAACAGAGAAAAUAAGUCUCGCGCUGUGAGGCAGUUUCAUUUCCACGGCUGGCCAGAGGUGGGAAUCCCGUCUGACGGGAAGGGUAUGAUCAACAUCAUCGCUGCAGUUCAGAAACAACAGCAGCAGUCUGGAAACCACCCAAUCACUGUGCACUGCAGUGCCGGAGCAGGGCGCACGGGGACAUUCUGUGCUCUGAGCACGGUCCUGGAGCGGGUGAAGGCGGAGGGCAUUCUGGACGUUUUUCAGACGGUGAAGAGUCUAAGACUACAGAGACCGCACAUGGUGCAGACACUGGAGCAGUAUGAGUUCUGCUACAAAGUGGUCCAGGAAUACAUCGAUGCCUUCUCUGACUACGCCAACUUCAAAUAAAGCCACGCCCACCUGUAGAAGAUCAGACAGACUUUCCCAGUCAUGCACUCACGUCCACAUUUUCACAAAAACACAGCUAAAGGAGACGGACUGCCAGCGCAAAGCAAAAGGGAAUGAAAAUCCUUUGGCCGGCAAGCACGAGAACACGUUUGGUGCCGAAGACGGAAAGAAAACAAACAAAGAAAACACCAUUAGAGAUGCCUUCUUGAAUAUUUUGUAAUAUUGCUCUUGUUAAUAAGGCCCUUACCCAUUUCUCUCAGUGUAAAUAUGCUCUUGUAUUUUUUUUCUGUUUUGUUUUGUUUCAUUUGUUUGGUUUUAGAAGCCGUUCUGUUGCGGUUUUUAGAGUGACCUUAAUAUAGUUUACUGGCAUAUAAAUGCAUACAUGAAUGGCGCUAUAGAAGCAGACAUGAAAGAUCAGUAGCAAGAUGAGGGUGCUUUUUAUUGGGUGUUUUAACAAGAACUUCCUUCUUUCUCUGCAGUUGAGUGACUGAAACCUUUUUGAAUGGCAGCUCAAUCCCAUUAUGCUGUUGCUUGUAGCUACAUAACGCACAACGUGGCAAAAUCAACCGUUUGUGGUGCAUCGGCGACUAAAAACGUGUGCGUUCGCAGGAAACACUUCACUGUGCUUUCGAUUGUGUUUACUGGAGUGACAGAUUUAAUUUAGAGUGUUUGAACACUCAUAUUAAGUCCAUUUUUGGGGGCGUGACUUUAGAAUUCCUUAGAAGAUGUUAAGUGUGUCGUUGUGGUAUAGGUCCAAACGAGGCAAUGGUAGAGAAAGAGAAGACCUAAAAAGUCCAACAAAAGAAAACCCUGAGUGUAAAAGACCCUUUUUGAAUCCCACAAAGUUUCAUUCCAUGCUUUUUCCCCAAACGUCUUUUCUUUUCAAGAUUGUUCUAAUAGCACCUUCUGUAUUUGCGAUUGUAACCAAGCAAGUGAUGUGUUUACUUAUCUGGAUGUCUGAUAAUUGGCCUUAAAAACUGUGCUUGACAAUAAGGUUUCAUAAUGUACAGGCUGUUACUUUUCCUUAAUUUGAAGAUCAAUUAUCCCGCCGGUCCGUUUGCUUGCAAGGUACUGAUGCAAAGUUGAUCCAGAAAGGUCUAGUAGAUUGACACAUGAUCACCUGAUCAUCUGUUCCUGCCCGUGUAAAGGACUUCAGCCAUUGUGCCGAAGUCACCGAGCCCUUUCCAGCUCCACUGAGCCAGUUAGAUCUAUAUAUUUGACGCUUUCAGCCUUUAGCAGUGAGUACUUUCAAAUUAUAGUAUAAAUAAGGACAUUGUCAUUUCAACUAGUGAAAACAACUGAAGCUGAUUGUCAGUGGAAAACGAAUGUUUUAUGUAAUUUAAGCCCUCAUUCCACACUGCCUUGUGUUAGGAAAUGUAAGUUUUAUGAAAUGUAUGUAAACCCAAUAGGUGUUGUUUCAAAUCGCUCACCCAUGUGUCAUUCCACGUUAACAGGGUUCUCGAUGGAAACUCUUUUUUUAAUAUUAUUUUAGAUCCAUGAUGUUCUGAAUUAUGAAUUACGGAUUACAGCUUCAUUUUAAGAUAUUCCAUAAAAUGCUGACGGAUUUGCUUGAAUAUUGUGCGAGUCGACUCUUGUGAUUUGCUUCAAGUCACACUAACCCUUUCCACAUGAGACACUGUGCCAAUAGCAGCCUCUCAGGGGCAGGAUCCUUCUUCAGAGGUGGGAAAGUGCCUCAUCACGUUCCUGUAGCUUCAAGCAUAUUCCCGCCUGCUCUUUUGUAGCCCAUGUUCUCCCAGUCAAUGGGACAUUGGACAUCGUGGCCUGUAUGGCGUAUGAUAAUCUGUAAUGGAACACAAAUGGUUACUGGUUGGUUGCUUUUCUGUUUUUAGUGUGUUCAAACUUUUAUUUUUUUUUUUGCUUACAUACCAUAUAAAAGCAUACUGGAGGAAGCACCAGACUUCAGGUCAAGUCCCUCAAAACCCAAGCUCUUAAUGUUUGGAGAGCAGUCUAGUUCAUCUGGUCAAGAAGGGAAGCCUUGUGUCUGGAGGCUCAUUUUACUGUCGAAUGUGACUUUUAAUAGGCCCACUUGGAUAAGCGAAAGGUCAAAGACUGAAAAGUAAAAGAUUCUGCUCUCCUAAAAAAAAAAAAAAAAAAAAAAUUGAGGAUU